CCAGUAGCGGUCGCCAAAAGUCCAAAUUCGUCUGCCAAAAUCAAUCCCACAAUCCCCACACAGCAGCUGUGGUUCCAUUUGAAUGGUGCAAAAACUUCUGAAACGCCAGCGAACGCUCAACAAGAGUUGGCCUAGUACAGUGUGAUCAGUUUUUCCACGUAUUGGAUCUAUACACCCGAAGGGAAUACAUGUCACUUGAAAAGAUGCCUUGGUUGGUAUUCAAAUGCGGUGUUUGAAUCUCGCUAGUGGCUUGGAAGUGAUGUUAUAGGUCAAAAAGGAAACGUCUAAUGGCCUCUUGUGAUCUCGCCUGCAUCUUUCAAAGACAAUGAAGCAGGUGGAUAUUAGAAAUAAGGACGAAUUAGAUAAGGAAAGAUUCCCAGCGCAUUACAAAGUACACAGUCCAGGCAAGGAAAAGAGGUCCUCACUUUGCAGGAGGAAGAGUUCUCGCUCCCUGGAGGUGGGCUUAAAGCUGCACCGUAAAACAUCCGAUGUUGGUCGGGCCCGUAACCCCGGCAUGGCCAACAAAGAAAACGAGGUGACAUGCUUGGAUGUGCGGGGCAAUCACUCCAAAGAUAACUGCAGGCCCGCUCUGAAUGCUGCAGAGGCCUCGAAGAUGGCAGGGCCCAAGUCCAAGUACAGUGACUUUACUGAGCUAUCAAAGGAUCACGAAGCAGUGUCUCACAUCCUAUUUGGAAGGAAUCUACGACUUAAAGUGGCCCUAACACUAUGGCGAAGAAAUGCCAUUGAAUUAGUGGCUUAUCUAAUUAUAAUUCAAGACACAGGAGUGCUGCUUGACCUCUUACCUGUCAUAACAAACGACCUUCAAUCUGAAUCAUCGUGUUUUUCACCUGGAUGCUGUGUUGACCUCAUACCCCAAGUCAAAGUGAUCCUCGCCAGUAAAUAUGAAGAACACAUUAUUGUGGCUUUACACUGGGUUCAGGCUGUCAUUAGGAAAUGGUGGCCAGACCUUUCCAGGAGAGAGAAAAGACUGCAGGACAGUUUGGACAACAGGAACUUUGCAGUCUUGAAUCAUCGUCUAAGGGAUUUGUGGAAGGAUGGAGCCAAGCUAUGUCUGGUUUCAGGUUCGACUGGAGACCUCGCAAAGGCCGUUGAGGCGUACGUCCUUCAACUGCCCUGACUGUUAUCCAUGUAGCACGCCGAGGAUGUUACCACUACUGCCAGAUCAUGGCUGUAUUUUUGUAUGGAUGUUGACAUCCAACAUAUGGACUGGAUCAUGGUUUUGUUCCUUAAAACCUCUUCACUGAAAACAAAUUUGACACUUCAAAACAACUCGUUAUUGCUUGAGACCCUUACGCAGGGCUGGGAGCACAAUUCUGCAGAGGAAGCACAGGGAGUGACUGCUUCACAUUGAAGUGGACCGUCUGAAAAAAGGGGGACAUGACGUGGACCUCCAUGAGACCGGAUAUAUGUUGCCCUAUGUAGUACCAGCCAAGCUAGUUUUCUCUCACUACAGCGCUUGUGGCCACAGAAUGCAAACGGAGUUGGAUUCAUGUUAUAAAUGCUUAUAAAUUCUUUGGAAUCAGGAACUUGAAUUUGCAUGAGUCUUAAGUUAUGAGUGUGCAUCUUAUGUCCUCUAUGUUGUGUCAUUUGAACUUUAUGUCAAGACAAGUUAUUCUUUUAAUCUUUUAAAUAAAUUUGAUAAAGACCUC